AUGUCGCUCUUGGACAAAUUAGAGGACCUCCAGACCCUUUCGUGGGAGGCGUCUGUCAACGGCUCGUUCGAGCUGACCGAGCUGGACUCGGACUCUCACCUGCAACUAUCUAUGUGCUCAGAGGCCACGUCGGUGCAGCUGAGCGUUCGAAGGCCCGACCUGACAAAGCUGGCGAAAAUGGCCGCCCUGGGCAAAGCUGCCUCGCUACGGCCGCUUCCGACGUCCAGGGGUGCGUUGGCGUCUGCUUUCGACAGUCUAGGAACCAUGUUGGAGUGUCUCGAGGGGCUGGCCGAGGCUGAGUUGAUGGAGAUCGAAACUUGUCUCAACGAGACGAUUGCAGCGUUGAAAAACGCUCCCGCUUGGGACACCACCAUCAUCAAGAGAGACGGCUUGUUUCCGUGCUCCCUGAGCCGCUCGAAGGCGGCCUCCACGAGGCAGUAA